CAGUGGAAUGAUAUGCCCUCAGUGAUGGAGCGCUCGGGGUCCGGGGUCCUGUCCAGGAGCAGAGCCAAGACUGUAACCAACGGCAACAGCCUACCACACUCUGAGGAAGAGAGCAGCGAUGAAGAGCAUGCUCAUGACAGUAUGAUCAGAGUGGGAGGAGACUACCAGGCUCAGAUCCCAGAGUUCAAACCAGACUGUCCAACCCGCUACGAUGAGAAGGACCAGAGGAGCAUGUUGGUGUGGUGUCCCAACACUCUGCUCUCCGAUGCCAUGUUGGAUGAGUACAUCCUGAUGGCUAAAGAAAAACAUGGAUACAACAUGGAGCAGGCCCUGGGCAUGUUGCUGUGGCACAAACACGACGUGGAGCGCUCACUGGCCGACCUCGCCAACUUCACCCCCUUCCCGGACGAGUGGACACUGGAGGAUAAGGUGCUGUUCGAACAGGCCUUCAGCUUCCACGGCAAGAGCUUCCACCGCAUCCAGCAGAUGCUGCCAGACAAGCUGAUCUCCAGCUUGGUAAAGUACUACUACAGCUGGAAGAAGACCAGGACCAGGACGUCAGUGAUGGACCGACAGGCCAGGAGGCUGGUCAGCAAGAGAGAGAAAGAAGACAGUAAUGAUGAGUUGGAGGAAGGAGAACCCGGCAGUGACAGUGAUUUUGAGAUUAACAACAAGAAAGAGGCAGUGAAACAGACCCCCAGCGCUAGCUCUGAGAAGCCCACCCCCAGUCGCUCUGGGCCGAUAAAGAAGGAGAAUAUCGGGGCCCAGUAUCGCCACCACCCGCUCCGAGCCCGCCGCAGACCUCCGAAAGGCAUGUACCUGGAGCAGGCAGACAUCAUGUCCCUUUCAGCCUCUCAAGAUGCCGGGGUGCUGUCUGUACGACAGCUGGACACGACGCUGGUGUCACUGAAGAGACAAGUUCAGUCCAUUAAACAGAACAACAGUAGCGUGAAACAGAGUCUUAAUGCAGGUGUUGAUGUGUUCCGAGCGGCUGAGCCUACCCCGAAGAUGAACUCUCGUUGGACCACAGAGGAGCAGCUCCUGGCUGUGCAGGCCAUCCGUCGCUAUGGUAAAGACUUUGCAGCCAUUGCAGAGGUGAUAGGAACCAAGACGCCAGCCCAGGUGAGUUCGUUCUUUGUGAGCUACCGGCGCAGGUUCAACCUGGACGAGGUGCUGAGGGAGUGGGCAGCCGAGCAGGUGGCCACCACCCGGGACCAGAAGGACCCGAGGAGGAGCGGUGAGGAGAUCACGCCAGCGACAGAGGGAGGAGCAGAGGAGGACGAGGUCAAAAUGGAGGACUUCCCCUCAGAUGCUGCCGACAGCUCCUCUCCCCCAUCCUCCACCCAGACUCCGUCGUCCUUCUCCCAGCCUCCACCGCUGCUGCGUCCCGCGCCUCCCUCGGCUCCCCCCAGCCUCCUCCGGCAGCCGCCUCCUCUCCAGACUCGCCCCCUGCAGAACCGAGCGCCCCACAACCACCCGCCACCUCCACUCAUCCGUCCCGCGGUGACCUCCUCCUCCUCAGGGAGCUCCAGCCUCAGGGCUUCUCCACCCAGCUCCUCCUCCUCCUCCUCCAGCACUGCAGCAGGGCCGCUGCCUCCGUCACUGGUCGGGCUCAAAGUGGAGCAGUCCAACUCGCACUGA